GGUCGCGGCACUGCGGUCACGUGACCAAAAUAUACACGUUGACAGAUUUGACAGGGCCGGCUUUGCCAUUUCAAACCAAAAACAUGAAAGCGUUAAUUUUGGGCCUGUUUGUAAUAUUUUGCAUAUUUUUCUACCAUGUUGACGGCCAGGCACGCAAGCAGAGUCUCUCCCUGGCUGAAAGGGUCCAGCAGCUGACUGAAAUGUCCAAUAAAAAGGCCGUUUUGCGGCUCAACGGCAACAAAUUUAGGGAGUAUGUGAAAGCAGCCCCUCGGAGCUAUUCGGUGAUUGUGAUGUUCACUGCCAUGGCGCCCCAGAGGCAGUGUAUGGUGUGCCGACAUGCCAGUGACGAGUUCACAAUCGUUGCAAACUCGUUCAGAUAUUCACAGGGUUAUUCUAAUAAAUUGUUCUUUGCUGUGGUUGAUUUCGAUGAGGGGUCUGACGUGUUCCAAAUGUUGCGUCUCAACACCGCCCCCGUUUUCAUGCAUUUCCCGCCGAAAGGCAAGCCUAAGAGUGCCGAUACGAUGGAUAUUUCCAGGAUUGGGUUUUCGGCGGAGGCUAUUGCCAAAUGGAUUGCUGAGAGAACAGACAUACAAAUUCGUGUUUUCCGUCCUCCAAAUUACUCAGGAACUCUCGCCUUGAUUGUCUUGUUUGCGUUAGUCGCUGGAUUUUUGUAUUUGCGACGCAACAAUUUAGAUUUCUUGUACAAUAAAACAAUGUGGGGGAUGGGUUCUUUGUUCUUCUGUUUUGCCAUGGUUUCUGGGCAAAUGUGGAACCACAUUAGGGGGCCCCCAUUCGUACACAAGGGCCAAAAUGGUCAAAUUAUGUACGUUCAUGGGUCAUCGCAAGGGCAGUUUGUUGUAGAGACUUACAUUGUGAUGGUACUGAAUGCUGCUGUUGUCUUAGGUAUGAUUCUGCUUACUGAAGCAGCAAGGGGGAAAGGAGACCCCAAAAAGAGGAAAAUAUUGGCAGUUGUGGGUCUAGUUUUGUUGUCUGUAUUUUUCUCACUGCUGUUGAGUAUUUUCAGGACCAAAACUCAGGGAUAUCCUUAUAGUUUCUUAUUUAAAUAAAUUUAUAUUUGUACUGUGACAUACUGUACAUUGUGCAAUUAAUAAAUGAAAUCUAUUGUAUAAAUUGUAAUAUGAAUGGGUACCAAGAAGUUUUAAACUUCUCGAAGUGUGUAAAUUUGUGAUUUUGCAAUAAAAAUACCGUUCAUA